UUUAUUUAUCUAUUUUAUUCAUAGUUUAAUAAUGAAUUAAUCUUAACAACAAUCUUAUUUCAUCCUUAAAAUGUUUAUAUAAUAAUGAAAUAAACAAACAAACUGAAAUAUUGUUGAGUUCAAAUGUUCUUUUUUUCAUUGAUUUAUUCAACAUAUUUUAUGUUUAUUUCGUUAAAUUAUAUGGAAUAUAAUCGAUUAAUUAGAUAGAAUAUUUCCCAUCACAACAACAACAACAAUAAAAAGUUGUAUCUAUGCUAUUCGUGAUAUGAAAUAUUCAUGAUUGAACAUGGAAACUAUAUAUUACGUCAUACCAGGGUUUCUUUUUCCUUAAAAAAUGGAUUGGAGAAAUGUUUUCUUUUUUGUGAAUUUUUUUUCCUAAUCAAUGUUUGCCUUGAUGUUGUGAUGGUUUCAAUCAAACAAAGUGAUAAUAAUAAUAAUAAUCUAUAAUACUAUUGAUAAACAUAUGCCUAAACGGAAUAAAAAAUCAAUAACUGAUCCGGAUCAUUGUAAAACUAGUUGUUGUUAUACAUGUAAAUUAAAAUCAACACAGAAAAGAUCAAAUUAUAAACGUGAAAUACAUGAAAUUUCUUCACCUCUACGUCCGGAACAGAUUUCAUAUAUCCUUAGUCGUAAUAAAACAUUCGAUGAAAUUUCUAUGCCAUCUGCAUGGAUUGCACCAUUUCCAUCCAAAUGUGUCACUGGAAAAUUUACACCUACAUCAUUCAAAUCAGAUAAUAAUCAAAUUGAUCAGUUACAUCAACGUAUAAGUCCUAGUCUUAUACAAACAACUCCAUUGAAUAUUCAUCCAAAUGUAACAACUUCACAAUUAGAUAAUCAACAAAAGAUUAAAUCAAAUCAAUCAUGGUCAAAAACUACUGAAGAUCCAUAUGGUACAUCAUUAGUAUGUAGUUUAUCAGCUGAAUUAGCUAGUGUUGGUAGACAAAGAUUUCGUUUAACCUACAUUACAGAUCGCUUAUUAGUCGUAAGCUAUCCACCAGAAGCAACCAAAACUGAUCAUAAUGAAGGUGCUCGAUGGUUAUGUAAAGCAUUUGAAAAACGUUAUGGUGAAAACUAUAGGAUAUUUAAUCUGUCCGGUUUCACCAAAGAAUUACACUUUUCAAGUCGAACUCCUGUCAUUGAUUUGUUCUGGGCAGGAAAACUUGCUCCCGCUUUAGAACAAUUAGUGACAGCUAUUGAUCAAUUAGAUUUUUGGCUUCAUAAUCAUGAUAUUCCAUCAACAAACGAUAUCAAAAAAUCUAAAGAAAUCAAUACUAUAAAUAAUCGUGUAGCUGUUCUUCAUUGUACUGGACCAAAAUGUUUAUUAGCAACAUAUUUAGCGGUUUAUAUGUGUCAAUCCAAAGCAAGAUUUGGUCCAUUAUACGGACAAAGACCUGGUUCACCAACUGCACGUGGUUUACAAUGGAAUGAGAAUCGACUAAGAAGAUUUAAACAUGAACUUGUCUUGGGACAUACCAUAUUGAAAAAAUUCUAUGAAGAUAAUUUAGCUAGAGAAUUGAAUCCUUCACAAAAAAGAUAUGUUGGAUAUUUUUCUGGUUUAUUAACUGGUGCAUUAAUUUUACAAGAUCGUUUAGUUUAUUUACAUACAAUUGUAUAUCGUGAUUCAUCAAGAGGACGUUAUCUUGGUCAAUCAUUAGAUGCAAUUAUAGAAAAUAAUGAAAAUUCAUUAUAUGCUAAACCAGAUGAAAUUAUCACUAAUAAAAUACAAUCAAUUAAUCAUAAAUAUAAUGAUCAAUAUAAUCAAUGUAAUAUUAAACAAACAUUAUUAUCAUCAAUCAAUCAAAAUGAUUUAUUGAUUAAUAAUCAUUUAAAUGUAAUCGAUAAUGAUGAAGAGGAUAAUGAUAUUGAUCAUAUUAAAAGAUGGGAUCAAAUAUUUUCUAGUCCAAUUGAUUUAUUGAAAACAACAAUGAUUACACAACAACAACAAGAACAACAUCACCACCCCCAACAACAACAACAACAACACUAUCACCACCAGCAGCAGCAAACUAAUCAAACGACAUUUAGUGAUUUAUCAUCAUUGAAACAUUUUCAAACAUUUGUUGAUAAGGAAUGUGGUCUUUUUUUAAAAAUUUAUCAAAAUUUAAAUUUAAUGCAUACUACAAGAGUUCUAUGUCCAAAUGUAAAUUUUCGAGUGGAACGAUACAUUUUUCCAAUUGAACCAGUGUUACCAUUGCAUGGUGAUGUUUUAAUCGCUUGUUACAUACAACCAAACUUUUCAACACAACUUCAAGAAUGUUUAUUUCGAGCUCAAUUUCAUACAUGCGCAGUGGAUGCUGAAAAAUUAUCCUUUUUCAAAGUUGAUUUAGACGAGGCAUGUGAGAAGACAAUUUUUCCAUCAACUGGUUGUGUUGAAUUAUAUUUCACAUCCCAUCGUGAACUUAUUACAGAGCAUACGGAUAAUAUAGAACGUGGUUGUUAUAUAUGGACAACAGCUGAACGUGAAUCGAAUAUCUUAACAACAAGAAAACAAUUACAUGGAUUAAAUUGUGAUCCAUUUCAACAUCGUGUUCAUAAUAUUGAUGACGAUGAUGAUGAUGAUGAUCGUGAUGAUCAUGAUGAAUUCGUUACUACUAUUCAUGAUAAACAAACAAAUAAAAAUUUUCCUAAAUUACAUAAUUCAUCUAGACAAGCAUUACGUAUAUUGAUUACAACACAAGAACAAUUGAUUAGUGUAGCUGGUGGAUUAUUUACACAAAGUAUUAGUGAUUCACAAGCUCCAAUGUGGUCUGUUAAUCAUAAUCAAGAAAUAACUGAUUCAUCAAAACCCAAUCGAUUGAACUUAAUGCGACAAACAUCUGAUCCAUUAAGUCAUCCAGUAAUACGUGGUCGUAGUCCACAAAGUUCUAGUCAAUGGAUAAAUAUUCAAGAUGCUUCACAUAGUACAAAUCAAAUACCAUUAUAUCAACAAGCAUUACUUAGUCCUCGAGUAAAAGUUCCACAAAAUAAUAAUUUACUAACUAAAGGUUUAAUUCAAUCAGAUUAUACUGCAAAUAUGUACUCUGAUAUACCACAAUAUCAACAACAAACUCAACUGACACAUAAUCAAUCGUCAAGUGGGCAAAUUUCAAUGAAUCGAUCAAAUUUAGCACAAUUACAAAGUUUAUAUCAACAAUUACUUCAACAGCAUCAACAACUUUUACAACAACAACAACGUCAACAACUUCAUCCACAACAACAGCAACAACAACAAACUUUGGAUUAUACAGCUGGUCAACCAAUAGAUAGUAGUCUUUAUGCAACUGUUCAACGUCCAUCCGCUACUAUUCCUAAUUCAUUGGUUGCAAGUUUACAACGUGUAAUUUUACAGCAGCAGCAACAACAACAACAACACCAAACUUCAAUGCAACAACAAUUACAGAUUCCUCAGACACAAGCGUCAAUCAUCCCCAGUGUGAGUAUGUAUCCACAGGUCACACCAGCUAUACAACCCUUAACAACACUUAGUCUUUCUGGUUUAUCUACAUCAUCUGCUUUUAAUAAUCUUGCACGAGCUUUACUUCCUACAUCAGUUGCUUAUAAUACUGGAGAAUCAUUAACUGCACCACCAUCAUUGUCUAGUGUUCCACCUCCAACACUAUUUCAUAAUCCUAAUUUAAUGCCAAAUUCUAAUCUACUUCUUUCAAAUUUAAGACCACCAAUGUUUCCCCAACAACAACAACAGCACUUGUUACAGAAUUUUCAAAUUCCUUCAGCUAUGGAACCAUCUUAUCUUUCAUCACAAAAUAGGUUAGCUGGUCCAUCAAAUAUGGGUUUAAUUGGUGAUAUUUCACAAACUGAUUUAUUGAAUGAUCCAUCUUGGCAAGCUGAACAAAGACGAAGAAUUGAUCUACAAAGAACACGUUCAUUGUUGAAUGAACAAGAAAGGAAAUUAUUUGAAGAAUUGAAAAAUAUUCGUAAUCGACGAGUUGGUCUUUCAAAAUUAGAACAAUUUGGACGUUCAACUACUGGUAGUGGUGGCAACGCUGUCGGUACUUCUGGAUUAACACCUCUAGAAAGUUAUCGUCGAGUUACUAAACGUAUAUCAACUAGUGAAGAUGCACGUCUUAGAAAUCGUAAUAGACCUUUAUAUGCAAUUGGUCGAUCUGGGUCAGCUGAUACAGCAAGAGUACCACUUGGUAGUGGUGGUUAUUAUCCGUAUGGUGAUGCUUACGGAUCAGAUCUUGAUGAAGAUUCAGCUCUAUUGGCUAUUUUAGAACAAAGAUUAUCUAGAAAACCGGAAAGUCGAAGAAUCUACUCAGAUUCUGAGAUGGGAUUACAAGAUGCAGGUGAUAUUCCAUUACGUAUUGUUGGACAACAACAACGUUCUGGUCAUGUGGUUGACGGGUCUAGUCAAGCUUUCACUGGUCCCACUAUACCAGUUUCACCAAUGAAUUUACUAUUUCCAUACAUGGAUCUCGAAUCGAAAACAACUCUUCCCCCAACUCCACCUCCUCGUUCUUGUAUUCAUGAAUUUGAUUAUUCUUUACAAUCCACAUAUUAUCCAUAUCAUCCUGUCUUACAUCCUUAUGAACAUGAUAAUUCAUAUCGAGAUAUUAGUCCAUUAUCUGAUAUUAUUAUGUCAUAUGGUGAACAAAAUGAAGACUCGGAAUUAUUUCCAAGACGGCCAAGGAUACAAGUUGUACAUUCUCCUGUUGAAGCAUCCAAUCAAAUAACAAGUGGACCAAAUAGAGGAAGAGCAUUUUCUGGAUCUCCGACAAUUUAUCAAACUCAAGGACCAUACACAAAAUCAAAAUUAACUUAUAUGUCUCCUGCUAAAAGAUCACAUUUCUGGGGACAUUCAAGUUAUGACGAGCAAUGGUCAAGACAACCAGUUGCUGAUGGACCUACAGUGGAUCGAUCCUCGUGUACUAGUCCAGUACAAACACAUUCUGGUCGUUUACUUCGAUCACCAGUUAGUCCACCGUCUAGAGGAUAUAUUCGACGUCCAUCAGAAAUGAUUGAUGGAGGUAGUCAAUCGGAUACAGCGAUUAUGGCUGGUUUUAGUAGUCGGGUAUGUUAUCCCGGUACUUCAUAUUCUGCACAUGAUCAACCUGUUAGACGGCCAUAUAGAGCCAUGCGUGGUAAAACUUCUGAAACUACGAAAAGAAAUAGACCUACACAAGUCCCAGUAUAUCGAAGUCCAGAAGAUCACAAACCUCAAAGACAAAAACAACCAAUUUCAAGUGGUUUAAAACAUAUACCGGAUAAUGCUUUAGUUGUGUUAAGCAGAAUAUCAGCAUCCACUCAUAUAUGGUAUCGUCCUGAAAUGUCACGGAAUGACGCAAUGGACUUAAUCAGAUCAGAAGCUCCUGGAACAUUUGUAGUUCGUAAUAGUGGAAGCUUUCCACAUUCAUUUGGAUUGGUAGUUAAAGUUCAAAGACAUCAUACUCAUGGUGAAGAAUCCGAUUCUAUACGACAUUAUUUAAUUGAAGGUUUACAAUCUACAACAUCAGCUGUAUAUCAUGCAAUUGGUGUAUCUGGUACAUUAUUACCUCCAUCUAAUAUUCCAAUGGAUUCAUCAGCUUUAAGUGUAAUCCAUGAACCUGUUCGACUUCGUGGAUCUUCAAAUGAACCAAUAUUUACUAAUUUAGUUAGUUUAUUAUAUGAACAUACAAUUCAACCAUUAGCAUUACCAUGUAUAUUAAGAUUACCUUUUAAAUUACCUACUUCAAUCAAUAGUCUUCCUUCAUUAAUAGUAUUAACAAGAAAUUCACAGUCUGAUCAUAUAUCACCAACUUCAAUAGUACCAAAAUAUUCUUCACAAGUUGGAUCUUAUCAUACAGGCUGUGAAAGUCCUCAUGACUUUCAUAGAACGGACAGAUCCCAAGGAGUUUCAGUACGACAUCCUACAGAAUCUGUACCUACUGACUUAGGUUCAUAUGAAAUGGAAUCAUCAUAUAAUCCAAUACAACAACACCAACAAUCAGGAACACAUCCCUCACAACCAAGUAUACAUCAUUCAACUAGACAAGAUUCUUUUCUUACACCGUUUAGCGGUUCCAAAUCUAGAUCGAAUAGAUCUCCUCCUGCUGUAUACGAAGGUGAACUAGGACCGAUAGGUCCUCCAGAUUCAGGAAGAACAUUCACAUCGAUCUAUUUAGGAAGUAUUGACACUGAGAAUCUUACAGGUUCAUCAGCAAUUCGUAAAGCAGUUGAUGUCCUUUUAGAAAAUGCAGCUCAGGUUAGACAAACAGAAGUAACAAUACGUGUUUCACAAGAUGGAUUAACAGUUACAGAUAAUUGGAGAAAAUUAUUUUUUCGCCGAAAUUAUCCAUUUCAUUCUGUAUCAUUUUGUGCAAUUGAUCCUUGUCAAAGAUGUUGGGAAUCACCUGAACUCAGAUCAAUGGGCUUCAAAUCUUCAUUAAUUUUUGGUUUUGUUGCUAGAAAACAAAAUACAAGAGAAAAUAUGUGUCAUGUAUUAUGUGAUACACCAGAAUGUAAUGCAAAUAUAAUUACAGAUUAUAUUAUGCAUCGAUUAAAUGAAUAUUAAAAAACAUUUAUUGAUUUAUUAUUAGUAGUAUUAUGUAAUCAAAUCAAUAUUUCUAACUUGACUACUAAUGUACAUAUAUAUAUACAUAUAUGUGUAAACCAUUUACUACAUAUUUAUUAUCCCUUUAUGUAUGAACGCCGAGGACAAGGUUGGAUGAAGGGUGUUGUUGGAUGGUGGUCUAUGCUCCUCCACGAGAAGUAACAGGCGUAAGGAAGUAAUGUAUGGGAAUCAUCCUUAUAAUAUUACCAUUAUCACUGAAGAGUUUUUCUUGAUUUUCAAUCAAAAAAGCAUUCCUAUUAGCAACAAGAGAGAGAAACAACACACCAAAAUUACAGAACAAAACUGUAUACAUCUUGAUAAGAGAUUUUUUUUCUACUGUAGAUCCAUUGUAAAUUGUUCUUUCUUUGUUUUUCUCUUUGUUUUCGUUUUUCUUUUUUUGUUUCUUUUUCUAAAGAGAACAAAUCAUUCUUGUUUAUACAUGUCAUUGUGUUCCUUUUGUUGUGAUUGUGAUUGUUGAGUCUUCCAUUUAAUAAUUUUUUUUCUUUCUUUUUUUACAAAAAAAAAUUAUAUUUAUUAAGUGAGUAACCAAGCGCGCACACACACACAUACAUCAAAGAAAAAGACAAAAAUGAAAUACAGAUCAUAUAUGAAUGAAUGAAUGAAAUAGAUCUACAUGAUAGAAGAAAGAAACAAAGGUAAACUAGAAUUCAUUAUUACACCGCAACUACUCCUCCUCCUACUACUACUACCUACUACUACUUCAUCAAUACAAUUAAUAUUAUUGAUUAUUAAUUAUUUAUAUAUGAUCUCUUCAUAGACAUUUGCAUUUAUUAUUGAUUCAUUGAUGGAUAAAUGGAUAGAUUAGUUACUAUGUGAUGAAAUAAAUGUGUAUGGAUAUUUAUCAUACAGUUGAUGACACAUUUUUUUAAUAUUUUAUGUGUGCCAAUAGGUUCUUUAUUAUUAUUAUCAUUACUAUCCAAUCAGAAUAAAGAUAUACUUGUAUCUCUAUGUGCGCGCGUGUGUGUUUAUAUAUAUGUAAUACUAACAUGUAUGUAUGUAUUUGACGUGUGCAUUUGUAACUGAGUACACAAAAUAUAUCCAAUCAGAAUAAAGCAAUUCAUUUGUGUGUAUAUAUAUGUAUAUAACUACAUGUAUGUAUGUAUGUGUAACUGAGUAUAUAUAUAUACAUGCAUAUACAUCGGUAUUGUAUGAUAUAAAGUAGAAUACUAUAGUGAUAUAUUUUGGCCUGUUUUUUGUUUGUUUGUUUGUUUUUCUCUCUUUCUGUUCUCUUUUCUUUUCUCAAUUCAAUAAAUAAUUGUACUAAUUUCUAACUGUGAUAACAGUAUUUUCCAGUACUUUUAAAAAGAAUCUCUUCUCUCUUUCUCCCUCCCUCCCUCUCUC